AUGUCUGAACAAACAACCACCCUCCCCGACGGCGCAGUCCAGAUUGCUCCUCGAACGGGCACUGCGUUUCGAGUCUCCAAAGGUCAGAGGUUUUCAGUCAUUGACCCGCAAGGCGUCUCAGUCGGCGACCUUGUGGCGUUCAGUGCCAACGACCCCCGCGAAGCUCUCAGCAACGGCCGAUCUUUCGAUUAUGCCUCCAAGAUUUUCUUCUCGAAUGGCGAUAAGCUCUAUAGCAACCGGAGCAACGUUAUGCUCAGCAUUGUCGAAGACACCGUCGGGAAGCAUGAUUUCCUGUACACACCCUGUUCCAAAGACACGUUCCGUUUGAUGUACGAGAAUGUUCCGGAGUACCCAGGUUGUCAAGGCAAUCUCGCUUAUGCUCUUGCCAAGUUCGGCGUUCAAGAAGAUGGCAUUCCCCCUCCAUUCAAUGUCUUCAUGAACGUGGUUGUGGAUGGCAACACAGGAGCGCUGGAGAUCAAGCCGCCUAUUAGCAAAGCUGGCGACCAUAUCGACUUUGUCGCCGAGAUGGACUUGAUAAUCGGCCUUACGGCAUGUUCGGCACCCAAGACCAAUGAUGGCAGUUUCAAGCCCAUCCAGUACAAAUUACAUUGA